AUGAACACCCUCGACCGCCUCCUCGCCCAAGACGCCAUCCUCAAAACCUGCCAUCAACUCCUCUACUCCGAAGACGAACUCGACCGCACCACAAUGCUGUCCUGCUUCCACCCCACACAAAAAAUCUCCCUCGACAUGUCCGGCCACCUCCAAGAAAUCCCACCCACAACCCUCACGCCGGAGGAAUGGUGGCAACAAGUGCACUCCAUCUUGGGCGGCUUCACUGCCACACAGCAUUUCGCGGGUAAUGCUGUCGUGACGUUUGAUCCGGAGGAUGAGGGGAAAGCGCAUGUUAAGCAGAGUGUUACUGCGUAUCAUUGUAUCGAGGAGGAUGGGGUGCUGGAGAGUGUGACGGCGAGGGCGGUGCAGGAGUUUGGGAUGGAGUGCUUUGAGGGGAGGUGGGUUAUUGGAAGGUUGGUGAUUUGGAGGAGUGUGCCGCUUGAUAAUGGGGGUUUGUAUCUUAAGGCGAUGGAGAGGGCGAAGGAUGUGAGGACGUUAAGGAAGCCGAAGGAUUAG